AUGUUCCACACCCCUCCUAUAAACGAGUCGAGGUUUGACAACGCUCAGGCGAUUAGGGAACCGUACCAUAUACAAGUCGACUGUGCGUCCCCUGAUUUGGCGAAUCCUCCAAAUGACAGUAGCAGUUCAUUGUCCAAAGAAGAAAUAACUGCUGAAAUAUCACAGAUCAGGCUUCUACCUCCUGAACUUUCAAGAUUAAUUGAUAACUUCAUCGACGAUCUCAAGCAGCCCAAAUAUUUGAAACCUUUGAAUGUGGUACAAUUAUCCGGCCUGUUCCAAAGUUUUUACGCUAAAUUCGACAAAUCAUCUUUCCAAUAUCUGAAUAGACUGAGCGACACAAAUAGCAAUUCGAAUUCCUUUCUUAGUGCUCGCGAGACACUUAGCAGCGGUAUUAGCGGUAUCUUCAACAGAAGCAGAAGCAGCAGCGAUGCUCGCAAGCGAUCCUCGUCGCUUUUCAGCACAGACUCCGCGAACGGAACAGUGCCUAUGUUAACUCCUGAAGAGAUUAACAAGCACCUCCGGACCACGGAGUUGAAUAACCACAAAGUUGAAAAAUUCUUGGAACUUUGUGAACACGAUGUGUUCAAGAAAAUCCUUGAGGUCGGAACUUCAGUUCCAGGAACGGUAUCGAAACCUGACCGACCUCAACGCACCCUCAAGGUCACAAAUCUCUUCAAAAAUAGCCCAGAGUUCAUCGAAUUCGACAAAGCUCUUUGGGAAAAACUGCUGGUCCUCUCAAAUAUGUCAAAAAGCGGGAGGCUUGACUUAGUUAAUUUCUUGGCGAUACCAAAACAGGAGUUAGAGCCCCAAGAACUGGCAGCGCAUUUAGACAAGAUGGUUUACGGACCUCUGGCACCUUACGAAAAACUACAGAACGUGAUCAAAUUGCAUGAUGAGAUGACACAGUCGCUGAAACAUCUCAGUAACGAUGAUUUUUUAUCGACCCUCAUUUAUCUGAUUAUUCAGACCCCAAUUAAGCAUAUUUUCCUGAACCUUCAAUUUAUUAAAUUGUUUCGUUACAACAAGAAGCUGGUUGAGAAAGACCUGUACGCACUUACUAAUUUGGAAGCUGCACUCAAGUUUAUAGAGGGCUUGACUGUUGACUCUUUGGCCACUGAAGCGCAGGACCUCAGCAGAGGAGAGAGGCGUAUUUUACAGAUGGCAAUUUCUCAGAGAAUCGCGAUCCCGGAUGUUCAGGUUUCUCAUGACAGCUCGGCCCAAAAUCAUCCAGGGUUACCCAGGAGCAAUUCCUACAAAGAGUUCGAGGGCCUAAAAACAGCUCUUGAUUCUUCAUUACGCAAUAUCUUUGGCAAAAUAAGGUCUUAUACACCUCCUGGUGCACCUCAGCCCGUUCCAGCUAACGGAAAUGAUUGCCCGGACAGGCUGAACCCCUCAGAGUCGUCAGAGAGUGACACUAGCAAAAAGAUAUUGCCAAUUCAAGAGUCCUGGAAAGAGCUGCGUAACCGUGAGUUCGAAGACUUGAAGCUAUACGAGAUGAAACAAGUAUUUGAAAACUACCAAAAACUUGUGGAUGCACUGGACAGCUAG